CCCCUGUUGCAGCCAUCCAUCGCAGCGGCGGGGCUUCCUCACGAUCAAAUGUUGCUGGGCAAAAGUCUGUCGCCAUAACGUCGGCGCUGCCUCACACAGGGUUACCAAGCACAGCAAAACGAUGAAGGUCAAAGCUCUAAGCCGGGCCCCCCAGCAGCCUGCGGGCUCCGAUGUCGCCAGGAAGCCCAAGAACGUCGACCCGGCCCUCCAUCCUUUCGAGAGGGCCAGGGAGUACCAGCGCGCCCUCAAUGCUGUCAAGCUAGAACGCAUGUUCGCCGCCCCUUUUAUUUGCCAGCUGGGCAAAGGCCAUGUCGACUCGGUCUUCUCCAUGACCAUGGACCCUGGGUCUCUCUCGCGGGUGGCAUCAGGGAGCGCCGACGGCGUUGUGAAGAUAUGGGACUUGACUAGUCGCGAGGAAGCCUGGCACACUACUGCACACGAGAACAUAGUCAAGGACCUAUGCUUCACCAAGGACAAGAAGCUUCUGACCUGCGCUGCCGAUCGCACAAUCAAGCUCUUCUCCCCCGAACAGGCCCCCAACUCGGCUCCUCUCUCCACCUGGCUGGGCACCAACGCAUUCACGUCCCUCUCACACCAUCGCUCGCGCAACUCAUUCGCAGCAUCGUCUAGUGUCAUUUCGGUCUACGAUCUGGAACGCCACAGCGCUGCCCCCGAGGUCCUGCGUUGGCCCACGUCCACCGACACCAUCAACUCGGUCGCCUUCAACCAGGUGGAGCAAUCCAUCCUUGGAUCAUGCGCCUCGGACCGUGGCAUCGUUCUAUACGAUCUCCGCACUUCGACGCCGCUGCACAAGACUGUCCUCAACUUUACCUCGAACAAGAUCGCGUGGAACCCCAUGGAAGCAUUUAACUUUGCUGUGGCCAGCGAGGAUCACAACAUUUACAUAUUUGACAUGCGAAAGAUUGAUCGCGCUUUGAACGUACUAAAAGGGCAUGUUGCUGCCGUCAUGGACGUGCGGUUUUCUCCCAAUGGUGAAGAGCUUGUUUCAGGAUCCUAUGACCGUACAAUAAGGCUCUGGAAGAAGGACAAGGGUCACUCUGUCGAUAUCUACCACACCAAGAGAAUGCAGAGAGUUUUUUCCGCCACAUGGACUCCGGACAACAAAUACGUGCUCAGCGGCUCCGACGACGGCAAUAUCCGCCUCUGGAGAGCCAAGGCCUCGAGGAGGGAAGGUAUCAAGUCGGCAAGACAGCGACAGGCGGAGGAAUACAACGAGGCACUCAGCGCGCGGUUCGCCCACAUGCCCGAGAUCCGACGCAUCAAGAACCACCGCCACAUUCCCAAGGUGGUCAAGAAGGCAGCCGAGAUCAAGGACGAGGAGCUCAAGGCGAUCAAGCGGAGGGAGGAGAACGAGCGGAAGCACUCAAAAAAGAAGUUCGAAAAGCGGAAGGCCGAGAGAGAAAAGAUGAUAUUGGCAAAGGAGAAAUGAGCAGGCGCGUGCUGGGCCAGGUGCAUGAGGCGAGAAACGCGUGGUUUUCAUCGGCCCUAUCCUAUCGCUGUUAUUGCAUUGCUUGGCGUUUUGUUGUCUCCCUUGCCGUUCAAGGGCUGGUAGGAUAGAUAAAUUCACUCUGUGUCCUCAUGUCAUUGACGAUUCCGAUACAUUUUGUCUCAUAUCUGGCCAGCUUUGGUGGCCCCUAUUCUGCGCCCUACAGCCAUGAAGGCAAACACUGCGUGGCUGGCAGCUGGGGCUCUUGUUUCCAGUCAUGUGUUUAUGCGUCUGAAUAUCGCCUUGUGUAAACCUGAAGCGUCUCUUGUGCCCCUUUGCUACCCAACUAUCUCAUCGCCAUGACGCUCUCGCGGCGCCAUAUUCAUAUCAUAUCCAGACCAAGUGCCC